AUGAAGCUUUUCUUUUGCCUCGUGCUUGCUGCCGUCGCAGCUUCCCGCAUCCACGGACGAGCUCAAGAACGUGCUGGAAUUACUGACUCGGUGCUCCUCCCUGCAGUCCUCCCCUUAGUCCUUCCUGUACUCCUUCCAGCACUCCUAGGGAUUCCAGACGCUACUUCCGGGGGGCCAACUGCCAUAUCGGAAACGCCUGAAGUAUCAGGAAUCACUGGACCGUUGCCGAUUCCCGGAGCUUCCCCUGUUCCAGCUUUGCCGGUUGACCUACCAGGCGUCCCUGGAUCUCCAGCUUUGCCAGUUGGACUACCAGGCAUACCUGGUGCUACAGCUCUUCCUGCUGGGAUCCCCACAAAUUCGAACCUUCCGAUUGGGGGGCUAAUUUGA